AUCAUGGAGAUGAGGGACAUUGUGGCUCAAUUGAAGAAACUCGAGGUAGAAAUGUCUGAAUCUUUCUUGGUGCACUUUAUUCUUAACACUCUUCCACCUCAGUAUGGACCUUUCAAAAUCUCUUACAACACACAUAAGGAUAAGUGGUCUAUCAAUGAAUUGAUGACCAUGUGUGUUCAAGAGGAAGGAAGGUUAUUGAUGGAACAAGGAGAAAGUGCCAUGCUGGUGACGCAAAGGAAAGGAAAGAAAGGAAAAUCUCAAGCUAGUCAGAAAGGGAAGCAACAAAUUCCUCCCAAAUCUGACAUUAAGAAAGACGAAAAGUGUUUUUUCUGUAAAAAGAAAGGACACGUGAAGAAGAAAUGUCUGAAAUUUCAGAAUUGGCUUGAGAAGAAAGGGUAUGCAAAACCUAAGGAAGCCAGUGACAAGUGAGCAAUUCAUCUUAUCCGGAAACAAGAUGGGCUCGCAUGUGGAAGCAAUAGGGAUAUGUUAUUUAACUUUAAAUAGUGGUUUUGUUUUAGAAUUGCAAAAGACUUUUUAUGUACCAAGUUUCUCACGAAACUUGAUUUCAGUUUCUAGACUUGUACCGUUUGGAUAUUCCUUUCAUUUUUCAGAAACAUCUUUCAGUUUGAUUUAUAAAUCUGAAUGUGUUGGGAAUGGUAUCUUGUCUGAUGGUCUUUAUUGUAUAUUCUUACAAAAUGAUACUGCUCAUAAUUCAUUGCAUGUCCAAACUGGCAUUAAGAGAUGUGUUGUAAAAGAGGAUUCCUCUACAUUGUGGCACCGGAGAUUAGGUCAUAUCUCCAUAGAUAGAAUCAAAAGAUUGGUGAAUGAUGGGGUACUUAGUACUCUAGAUUUUACUGACUUUGAGACUUGUGUGGACUGCAUUAAGGGUAAGCAGACCAAUAAGUCAAAGAGAAGUGCUACUAGGAGUUCCACCAUACUAGAGAUCAUACAUACUGAUAUAUGUAGUCUUGACAUGGACUCUCAUGGUCAGAAAUACUUCAUCUCUUUCAUAGAUGAUUUCUCACGAUACAUGUAUCUCUACAUACUUCAUAAUAAAAAUGAAGCUUUAGAUGCCUUUAAAGUCUUCAAGGCAGAAGUAGAGAAACAAUAUGGUAAACAAAUUAAGAUUGUGAGAUCAGAUAGAGGUGGAGAAUAUUAUGGUAGAUACUUGGAAGAUGGACAAUCACCUGGGCCAUUUGCGAAGUUUCUUCAAGAGCAUGGGAUUGUUGCCCAAUACACCAUGCCUGGUUCUCCAGACCAAAAUGGUGUAGCAGAAAGAAGAAACCGAACUUUAUUGGACAUGGUGAGGAGUAUGCUUAGCAGCUCAAAACUUCCUAAAUUCUUGUGGACUGAAGCACUUAAGACAGCUGUGUAUAUAUUAAACCGAGUUCCAACCAAGGUUGUCCCAAAGACGCCAUUUGAGUUAUUGAAAGGUUGGAAACCGAGUUUGCGACAUAUGCG